UGCUACUUAUUAACUUUAAGCUUUAUGACAAUUACUGUUAAAGGUUUUGUUAACUCUUAUGUUUGGUAUAGCUAGUAACUGUUUGUUUUAAGAAUUAUGGUGAACCUAUCUAUAACUAAGUGAACCAUGCGUUUAUUAUGUUCUUUUAUACUUGAUACAAUAUGGACAUUCAUGCUCUCUUCUAAAAAUUUUAAAUGUGUUCACAUAUCUAGGAAUUCGUAUCACUUCUGUUAUUAGGGACACAAACAAAACAAUCUGUGCACGUCUCACUUAUAAUUUCUCGUCUGUUUUAUUUCUCCCUAAACCUGUUGAGAUAUUCCAUAAUUAUGUGGAUCCUUUGCUGUUCUAGUUUGACUAAGCCACAUUUGGAAAAUAGUGCUGUCAUUGGAACAUGUGAUUAAGUUUUCGUGUACUCGUGUCACCGGGCCCAGUAUUGAGCGCCCAAACGAAUCAUCCCUUCUUUCGUGACCCAUUCUGCUUUUGUGUUCGUUGUUAUUGUGCUUUUGAAUUCAAGUGCAACAGCUAAAUAAGCCAUCAUGGGGCCAAAGGAAUUUCCAAGUAAAAAAGAAUCAGAAAAUGUUUUCUUACUGAGUAAGAGGCCAGUCUUCCAGAUGGAACAAACUCGGGCUUUGGGAUGUACGUAUUACUUGGUACCAAAUACAGUAAGACAUAUCUAAAGUACGACCAUUGUUUGUGUUCCAUUUGCAUAUCAUCUGUGGUUUGCUUAAAGAAUAUUUUGACAUCGCUAUAAAGUGUCAAAAAAGCAAUUUUCACUAAAGAGAAUAUAAACAUUUUUAAUAUGAGUUUGACUUUUCACAUAAGUUUGACUUUUCACAUAUUUAAAUAAUACACUAGUUAUUUGUAAAAGAAGCAAGGUAUUUUCAGGAAUUUAGUUCUGUUUUUAAGAGAAUUUAUUUGUUUGUUUAUAUGUAUUGUUACUAGUAUUCAUUGUUUAUGAUAUCUCAGUAGUAUUCAUGGAAGUUGACGUAUUAAUGGUUCAAAUAUAUAAAAUAAUGUCUGUAAGAUUCAAAUUACUAUUUCAAAUUUUAAGCCUUCUCUAGGUCACAGAACCUUUAAAUGGUUACAGUAUUUGUGAUUAUUUUUCAGUUUAAGGAAAACCUGUACUACUACAUAUUUUUAAAUAUGGUACUGUUUGAGCUAUUUUAGUAAACAAGUAAGUUUAUAUACAUUCUGUAUGAAUUAUAAUAGUGGUCAUGGCAUCAAUACAAAGUGUUUUAAGGGAUAAAUAUGAGGAUAAGGAAAAAGCAACUUCUCAAGAUAUAUCAUGUAAAGAAGAUUUUAAUGUUACUUACAUUACAGUUAAGGAGGAAAAAGUUUAUAACCUUGCGCAUGAUUUAGGCAAUUUUGAAAAGAGAGAGGAAGGUAAAGUUCAUGAAUUUAAUAGUGAAGAUGAUGGAGAAAUUGUUGAUGCUGUCCAUGAUCAAAAUAAUGAAGUAGACAAGUUGAAAUACCUCAUUCAUGAAGCUAUUAAUGAAGAACACUUUUUAAGUUACCAAACCUCCCUAGAUAAUAAAGAUGUUGAGGAUGAAAACCUUGUAAAGAAAUAUGAUAAUGAAAGAGAUGAAAAUGGUGACACUGCAGAUAGAGAUGACAGUGAAGAUUCUAACAGUGACCAAACAGACAAAAUUAGUGAUAAUGAAGGCAAAGAAUUUCCUCAAUCAUUUGGAAUAAUGGGAGAUUUCUCCAAGUAUUCAGAAAGCAAAAAAUUUAAGUGUGAAUUGUGUGGGAAAGGGUUUCCACGGAGGACUCAUUUAGAAAAUCACAAGGUAGUUCAUACAGGCGAACGGAAUUUUAAGUGUGAUUCAUGUGAGAAAAAGUUCUCUCGAAAGUCAACUUUAGUUCGUCAUCAGGUUGUUCAUUCAGGUGUGAAAAAAUAUGAGUGUCCAGUUUGUGGGAAGGAUUUUUUUAGAAAAGCUCACAUGAUUGAGCAUACCUUAAUACAUAGUGGAGUUAAGAACUUCAUCUGUGAACUCUGUGGGAAGGGAUUCUCACUUCGCUCACAUUUAACGUCUCAUAUGUUUUCACACACGCAGAUCAAGAGAUUCAGCUGUGAAGUUUGCCAGAAAGGUUUUUCAAUGAAAUCUGGACUUGUGAAGCAUCGGCGUGUUCACACAGGUGAGAAAAGAUUUAAAUGCAAUUUAUGUGAAAAGUAUUUUAGUCAGAGUUCUGUUUUGACAAAACAUAUGUUGAUUCACACAGGAGAAAAGAAUUUUGCAUGUGAAGUUUGUGGAAGGUUGUUCUCUCAUAAGUCUAAAGUAACAGUUCACAUGCGAGUUCAUACAAAGGAGAAAAAUUAUGUUUGCGAUAUCUGUGAUUUCCGUUUUUCUUUGAAGUCAAACCUAGAAAGACACAGAAUUGUUCAUAGUGGUGAAAGAAACCAUAAAUGUCACAUUUGCCAAAAAACUUUUGCUCAGAAAGCCCAUUUAAAGGGACAUAUGAUUGUUCAUGCUGACAAUAGAAAUUAUAGGUGCCCUGUUUGUAAAAAGAAAUAUUUAAGAUAUGCUAGUUUUAAGAAACACAUUGAUGAAAAUCACUUAGAAGGAAGCAGUACAGAAUCCUUUGUGUAUAUUGCUGAUCAGAUGGCUACAACAAGCUCUGUUAAAGUUGAAACUCCCAGUCCUGAAUCAAGAAUGCUUGCAUCAAAGUCAGAAAGCUUAGAUGAAGAAGUUAAUGAUAGUCUGCCAAAGGAAUUCACCAGUGUCCAUGUCAAGCCAGAAAAAAUUGAGGCUAAGGAAGAAGUUUGAACUGCUAAACAAACUGAAGAAGAGUGCUUGUAUAUUUAAAAUGAAGUUGUAUAUCUGUAUAAACUUUACAUGCUAAAAUUUUAUAUUAAAAAUUUUUCUUGCCUCAAUAAGUUUGAUCCAUAAAUACUAAUGAAAAAGCCUUUGCUUCUGCAUAGAGAAAUGAGAAUUAUCACUAGAUUUUAGUGUCAAUUGGUUGUGAUCAUACACUUAAGUAGGUGAAGAGCUCCCAUUUUUCUAAAUUUUUUUUUUCCAGGGCCAAGAUCUUAGAUGUUUUGGAGUACAUAAAUUCUUUAUUGUAGAUUUUGUUGGGUUCAUGAUUAAAGGGAUAACUAACCCUUAAUUUUUUCCUCGCUUUUACAUUUCUAAAAGCUUAUUGUAUUAAGUUAUUUACAGUGACUGUUGUUUUCUUCUGUAUUUGCACACACAUGCUCAUUCACAUUUGGUAUUCAUGCAUAUCAAGACCUCUCCUAAGCAACACCUCUUGAACUCCAUCUGACCCAAGACCACACAUUCUUGGUCUGCAUCUUUAGUCUCCAUCUCCCAAAACUUCUAAAUUGUGUAUUCAUUUUGCCAGUGGAUCAGCCUUCAUUCUAAAAUCACCUUGAAAGUAUCUGAUUCAUCUUUUCACCUACUUUCUUUGAUCCUCAUUCAUAGUCGCACUUAAUCAAUUAAAGAAGAGUUAUCUCAAUGAAUUUGUGAUUUAUUUCAACUUUUGCUUCUGUAGAUCAUUCUUUUCUCUUCAAAACUGGUUGUGUUGCUUUUGGCACCAUAUUGUCUUUGAUUCAGUUGUUAGAAAAUUCACAUUUGAUCAUAAUUAUGAGGUGUUGCUAUUACCACAGGUAUUAUAUGAAUCAUCCAGGUACAUAUUUUCACCAUUCAUACUAACAUUUAUUGAUCUAUAUGAAUCACCCUGAUACAUACUCUCACCAUUCAUUGAUCUAAAUAUACUUUUGUUAGUAGUACAGUAUUUGAUUGUUUCACUGUUUCAGAGUUUUGAUUGUUUCAUUGUUUCAGAGUUUACAUAUUAAAACUUGCUACGGACUCUGAAAUGUUGUACAGAAGCCAGUUCACAUCUGAUCAUAACAUGCAGUGUUGCUAUUACCACAAAUACUCAUGUGGAUCACCCAGGGACAUACUUUCAUUAUUCAUACCAACUUACAUUUAGUAUAUAAAAUAUAUGCAUAGAUAUAAACUAGUACAGUGUUUCAUUGCUACUUUGUAAUGUUGUACUCUUGCCUGGCCAAUUUGCACCUCAUUGUUUAUGUACAACUGAUAUAACAAACUUUC